CGGCCGAAGGGUCGUGUUAUCCUCCGGCAGCCGGCCGUCCGGUUGAAUGGCGUGCUCGAGGCAGAAGAGCUCCCAGCAGCUUGUGCCGAUCUGAACCCCAGCCUGGCCAAUGUGAAUGCUCAAACAUUCUCUCUAAAAGACAGAGUUAUGCUUGGCUAA